AUGGAAAUGAAGGCGGAAGCCAGCAUGCCAGUGGGGCAGCUAAAGGAGAGAAACAGCAGUGGGGCUGGCUGCAUCGCUGUCAAGGGGGCCAGAUCCCCAAUUGGUGUGGAUCAGACCCAGAGGAAGGUGAGGGAGGGACAAAUCCAGGUGGCUUAUGUUCUCUCUCCGCCUCCAGGGGCCUGUCUGCAGUGUGAGGUUUGCUCUGGACCAGGAGCCAGCUGCACGGGUGACCUUCAGACCUGCGCUGUUGGGGCAGACACUUGUAGCAUCUCUCUGAGUGAAUCCACAUUGGCGGGAAUGAAGCAACAGAUCAUUAUCAAGGGCUGUGCAACAUCCAACCAUUGCACCGCUGGCCCCGUCACUAUGAACUUUGGGAACGGAGUGGCAAUAAGGUCGAGCAUCGCGUGUUGCAUGGGAGACGCCUGAUGAACAACCACAGUUACAGGUACGUCUCCCCAUCUCCACCUCUCCUCCCCAUCCCCUGCACCUCCUGCUGCCUGGAAGCUGCCUCAUGUUAACUUCCUGAGCCUGGUCCUCCUGCCCUGCGGGGGGCGCCCCA